CGCCCCGCGGCGCUGCCCCUGGACUGGGGGUGGCACGAGGGGCAGGGGUGUGCUGGGCCGCGGCUCAGCCCUCUCCUCAGCUCUCGCCGUCGCUGUCCUGCGCCCGCGCCGCCCCUCCCCCACGCGCGGCGGCGCGCCCCCAUCCCCGCGUGCACGCGCGGCGGGCGGGUGGGCGGGCGCCCGGCGUUCGGGCGUGUGCGAGGCGUGAGGCGGAGAUGGGGGCGGAGGGAGCCGGAGCUGUCACAGGCCCCGGGUCCGUCUGACCGAACCAAGUGGGGUGUCAUGGCCGCGGGGGGCAGCGGCUGCACUUCCUCUGCGGGCGGCGGCGGCCGGGGAGUUAAUCCUCCACGCACGGGUCGGUCCCGUUUCCCUCUGUGCGGCGGCCGGCGGGACCAUAAGGGCUUAACUCAUAUAUUUAACCCCCCUCCAAAAAGGUUUGAAAGUAUUCUUGAAGGGCUGUUUGGACCUGCAUUAUUAAAAGAUCUCAGUUUAUUUAAAGACUGUGAACCUGAAAGUAUUUCUGAUUGGACUUUUGAUGAAAAUUGUUUAUUCUGUUGCUUGAGAAGAGAUAAAGUAAAGGGACAUUUAGUCGGUCUGGAUGAACCAGCUUCGGGAGCUGGGCAAGAAGCUCUGCUUAAACAAGAGCAAGCAAAAAUCAUUCGAUUCGAGAGACAAGCAGAAGAGUUCCUCAAUGCAGUCUUUUAUAGAAAAGACAGUCCCUGGGUCUCCGACCCCAAUAUUCCCCUAGUGGCCCGUGAGAUCAUGCAGCGAAUGAUCCAACAAUUUGCUGCUGAAUAUACCUCAAAAAAUAGCUCUACUCAGGACCCCAGCCAGCCCAAUAGCACAAAGAACCAAAGCCUGCCGAAAGCAUCUCCAGUCACCACCUCUCCCACGGCUGCAACUACUCAGAACCCUGUGCUCAGCAAACUUCUCAUGGCUGACCAAGAUUCACCUCUGGACCUUACUGUCAGAAAGUCUCAGUCAGAACCUAGUGAACAAGACGGUGUACUUGAUCUGUCCACUAAGAAAAGUCCAUGUGCUGGCAGCACUUCCGUGAGCCAUUCUCCAGGCUGCUCCAGUACUCAAGGGAACGGUGAGAACUCAACAGAGGCAAUAGCAGUAGAUUCUAACAAUCAGUCGAAGUCCCCGCUGGAGAAGUUUAUGGUCAAACUGUGCACUCAUCAUCAGAAGCAGUUCAUUCGUGUUCUGAACGACCUAUACACUGAAUCUCAGCCAGGCACCGAGGGCUUGCAGCCUUCUUAUUCUGGAGCAAUGGAUGUGUCUACUUGCAGUGCUGGCUGUGCUCAGCUAGGCACCAAGCAUAAGGAAAAGGAUGCUCUGUGUCUCGAUAUGAAGUCUCCUACUUCUGUAGAUUUGUUCCUAGACUCGUCAGGCUCUCACAGCCCUCCACACUUGACAGAACAGACCCUAAAGGAGCCUCCUCCUGAGACAAACACUGUAGAUGGAAGAGAGAAUGCCUUGACUGUUGUCCAGAAAGAUUCCUCUGAACUUCCAACCACUAAACCUAAUUCUGGCAGUUCAAUAGAUAGUUCCUCUCUGGGAUACCUCACUGCAUCUAAUUCUUCCUCAUUAAACUUCCACCACAUCUCUAAAAGCUUGGAGGAGCAAACCACUGGACAGGAGCGAGACACAAAUAUGAAAAUAUGUGAGGAUGGUAAAGACCAUAUGCAGAGCUCAGCUUUAGUAGAAAGUCUAAUUGCAGUAAAAGUGGCAGCUGAGAAUAAUGAGGAGGGCAAUAGCUGUAUUGUUUCUCAGAGAAAUUCAUUCAAAGCUUUAUCAGAAGAAGCUUGGGACUCAGGGUUUAUGGGGAGCUCACCUAGAACUGCUGACAAAGAGAAUGCUUUACAGUGUAGUUCAAAAACACCUUUGCACCAGGAUUUAGAGGCAAAUGAACAAGAUGCAAGGCCAAAGCAAGAGAACCAUCUUCACUCAUUAGGAAGAAAUAAAGUGGGUUACCAUUUACAUCCCAGUGAUAAGGGCCAGUUUGAUCAUUCCAAAGAUGUGUGGUUAGGCCCCAGCCCCAUGCCAGCUGUACACAAAGCAUCUCAUGGACACUCAAGAAACAAGACAAUAACAACCUCCAUUAAGACAGCUCGGAAAAGUAAAAGGGCAUCGGGGUUAAGGAUAAAUGAUUAUGAUAACCAGUGUGAUGUUGUUUAUAUCAGUCAACCCAUAACAGAAUGCCACUUUGAGAAUCAGAGAUCAAUAUUAUCUUCUCGGAAAACAGCCAGAAAGAGUACUCGAGGAUACUUUUUCAAUGGCGAUUGUUGUGAGCUGCCAACUGUACGCACACUGGCCAGAAAUUUACACUCCCAGGAAAAAACGAGCUGCUCAGUGCUGGCAUCAGAGGCAGUGGUUGCUCCCAAGCAAGUCCUUACAAUGUCAGCCCCUAGACACACAGUAGAUGUGCAGCUUCCCAGAGAAGAUAACCCUGAGGAACCUAGUAAGGAAAUAACCUCCCUUAAGGAAGGAGGUGGAGAUGUUUCAUCUGAAAAAGACUCUCAAGAGCCUGAGAUUUGCCCCAUGAUAAAUAAACCAAAUCCAAGCAGCUCCCCUAAGUCAAAAGAAAUGACAGCCUCCAGCCUGGUGAGGCCUCUUCCUGCUCACCUCCCUGGAGAGGGCAUGCCAGAAGGCAGCUCCAUGGUAUCAGCUCCCACAGCAAAUGGGAUGUCUUCUGCUGAACGAGACCAACAACCAGUCGCACUGCUGGAUACAGAGGAAAUGAGUGUAUCCCAAGACUGUCACCCAGUUCCCUCUACCGAAAGCAUUUCUGGGGGAAGCAGUGAAGAUGUCAUUUCUAGGCCCCAUUCUCCUCCUGAAACAGUCAAUAGGGAAGAAAGUCCUCUGUGCUCAAAAAUUCAAAAUCCCCCAAUGGACCUGGAACCCCCCACAAGUCUGGGACAGCCUGAGGACAACCAAAGCAUCAGUACUGAGGCUGAGACUGGAGACACACAAGAGAUAGAUACCAACCCACUCUUGAUGGAAAGCAGCACUUUUAUUAAUGAAAACCCCAGUAAAAUUGAGGAGAGUGAGGCAGCAGGUGGUACAGGAAAAUUAGAGGGAGAGGACAGUGAUGUAAAGUGCUCUUUAGAAAAAGAUUUUUGUGAUCCAAACAUCGACUCAUCCGAAGAGAAUUUGGACAAGAAGAAAAAAGGUAAAAAGUUCCCUGAGGCCUCUGAUAGGUGCCUAAGAAGUCAACUCUCAGAUUCUUCCUCUGCUGAUAGGUGCCUAAGAAAUCAAAAUUCAGAUUCUUCCUCUGUUUGUCCUGAAAUCAAAGUUUCUAAAAAUCCUGGUGCAAAACGUUCUAAAAAAGAAGGGUACUCUGGUAGGACAACACCUGAGGACUUUUCCACUGACAAUUUCCAUACAAAAGCUCUGGAGGACACUGAAAACCUAAAUGUUGAUGAACACCCCUCUGACAAGGAUGCUGAGCUGGAGGGCAAAGGAGGUGGGAUCAUCACCAGGCAGACUUUUAAAAACAUGCUGGCAAAAGAAGUCAAGAGAGAAGAAGGAGAGAUUAUUCCCAGCAGUGAUCCCAUAACCACAGUUUGCCAGCUGCUGCCUGGAGAGAAACUGGAAAUCUAUGUUCAGUCUAAGAUAGGUGAGAAAAAUGCUCAUGUUUCCUCCGAAAGUAUUCCUUGUAAGAGAGACCCAGAAGAAUCAAAAGAAAAGCCAGGACAUACUCCUGCACAGGAUGCAGAGGAGGUGGUAGAUGAGGUUGCUAGUGAAAAUGCUCAGCAUGAAGGUGAUGGUGAUGACACUCCAUCGAACUCAGCUGGGUUGUCAAGUAGUGGGAGUGGUGAUGCCGCUGGGCCACCAAAAUUGGCAUCAAGGCCGAAGAGAUUGACCUCUUCCUUCUAUAACCUAAGACAUGCUCAUGGUCCGGACUCCUUGGAUACUACGAAAGUGACUUCAGAAAAAGAAGCCACACAGGUCAACCCAAUGCCAAAGGAAAAUGAAGCUUCAGAGAGUGGGGAUGCCUUAGAUGAGGAUGAUGCAGACACAGUGGUAGAUGAACAGCCGAAGUUUGUGGAAUGGUGUGCUGAGGAGGAGAACCAGGAGCUUAUCGCCAGCUUUAACGCCCAGUACGUGAAAGUUCAGAAGGGCUGGAUCCAAUUGGAAAAAGAAGUACAGCCAACACCAAGAGCAAGGAACAAGUCAGAUAAACUGAAGGAGAUUUGGAAAAGCAAGAAAAGGUCACGGAAAUGCAGGGGUUCGUUGGAGGUUCAAAAGUUUUCUCCUGUUCAGAUGCUGUUUAUGACAAACUUUAAAUUAUCUAAUGUUUGUAAAUGGUUCUUAGAGACUACUGAAACCCGGUCUCUGGUAAUUGUGAAGAAGCUCAACACUCGUCUUCCAGGAGACAUCCCCCCUGUCAAGCAUCCUCUUCAGAAGUACUCUCCUUCCAGCCUGUAUCCCAGUUCACUACAGGCUGAACGCUUAAAAAAGCACUUAAAGAAAUUUCCUGGAGCUACUCCUGCUAGGAAUAAUUGGAAAACACAGAAGCUCUGGGCUAAAUUUCGAGAGAAUCCCGACCAAGUGGAGCCAGAGGAUGGCAGUGAUGUCAGCCUCAGCCCUAAUUCUGAAGACAGCAUAGAAGAAGUCAAGGAAGACAGAAAUAGCCAUCCUCCCACAAGCCUGCCUAUGCCAGCUAGUACCCGGAUCCUGAGGAAAUACUCCAACAUCCGAGGAAAGCUCAGAGCCCAGCAACGUUCGAUCAGGAAUGAGAAAACAGAAAGCCCACUUGGUCUGGCUGUGGAAAGUAAGCAGAGUCGUAAGAGUGUAUGCAUCAACCCUCUGAUGUCCCCCAAGCUUGCCCUGCAAGUGGAUGCAGAUGGGUUUCCUGUUAAGUCCAAGAGUGCUGAAGGGAUGAAGGGAAGGAAAGGGAAGCAGACAUCUGAAAUGUUGCCUAAAGCAGAAGUUCAGAAUAAACGUAAGAGAACAGAAGGCAGCAGCACUCAGGACAGCAAGGACAAGGGACCGGCAAUGAAAGCCAGCAAAGAAAAGCAUGUUGAUGGAUCCACCAAAACCCCUUCUGCCAAGAAGCCAGCUGCAAGGGACAAAAUCAGUCAACUGCCCAAAAAGAUGUCUUUGAAAGAGAAUAAAGUGAAGAUCCCUAAAAAAUCCCCUGGGAAGAGCUACCCUCCCUCCAGGAAAGAAAAAGAGAAUACAAACAAAAGACCUACCACCCAGCCCACCACCUUAGAAACACUGACGAAACCCACCAAGCAAAAGGGGGCAGGUGAAUCUUCUUCAAGGCCCCAGAAAGCCACGAACAGGAAGCAGAGCAGUGGAAAGACUCGGGCCAGAUCCUUGACGAAAAACCCAGAGAACAGUACGGCUCAGAGAAAGCGAAAGCCGAAGGCCAAGCCGGACUCUUCCCACAGCAAACGGAGGCGGCUGGAUGCAAAGUGAUUGAGGGGGUGGAAGCCAAGAGUAAAACUAUUCUAGAGAAGUAACCUUUUAUUUUGCAUUAACUAAAUCUGCUUUUAUAAGCUUAUCAAGCCUUUCAAAUCCACCAUUAAUGAAGAACACCACAAUUUGAGAUGACAGAAAAUGUGUCUUGGAGAAGGGAACUUGCCCAGUCCUUCUCUGAGGCUAAGGGAAGUUAUAUAUUAUAUUCUGGUUGUUCCUUGGGUUUUAAACUAGGAACCAAGCAGUUUUUGUUUUUAAAAGUACAGUGCCUUAUUUAUCCUUUUUGUUUUUAAAUUUACAAAAGCUAAAAAGCUGAUCUAUGUGAUUAAAGGCUUGUAUUUUAUACUUGAUGCACAAGCACUUGUACUGUAGCCGAGAAGACCACCAUCAUGCACAUAAAAGGAGCUUUUCAGCAGCCACCCUGCAGCAUCUGUCCAUGGACAGAUGCCCCUCUUUGCAAACCCCAGCAGUGAACUUCCCUCUCUGUCAUGUUUGUUUGUUUAAAUGAUAUUUGAAAGCUAAACCAAAUCAUUUUUACGGUAUGUGGUGAAUGCAGAGGACUUAUAAUUAUUAUAAAAGAUUAAUAUUUCUGUUACUCCCAUUUUAAAAAAUUAUGUUGUGUUGGCCACCUUUGAUCUUUGGUCAUUUGAGAAUGACCAACUCUAAAUUAUGUGCCCAUAGGACAAAUGGUUUCACAAGUGUCAGUUUUGGUUUAUGACCUCUAAAGAUUACUUGCACCCCGAAACUGUAUUACUAAUUCUUACCAUCCUCUUCAUUAUUGGCCUUGCAAGCUUGCUAGCACUCUUAACAAGGUUUUUAUCCUACUUUGGGGGGAAAAACCCUAGACUUUUUUUUUUUUUUUUCAUCUUGUAACUGUAAUUUUAUGAUUAGGAUGAGAGUGAUUGUUCUUGUUUUCUUUCUUACCCACCAUACUUCUAUAUUCAAAGAAAGCCAAAAUGUUAUUUCCAGUAACAGAAAAGUUUGAGUGUGUCUAUGCACGUGCAUUUGGGUACCUUUGCAUGUGGUUAUCGGUUUUACAGUAAAACUUUUUCUUCCCCAUUCAGUGUGCCAGGAUGUCCGUGAGCUGGCACAGGCCACAUGGUUUGAAAGUAGUCCAGUGUCUCUAUGAGCAUCUCCAAUACCUCUUUGGCACCAGACUCAGAAAGGUCUAAACAGCACAGAGUUAUGUAAAGGUCAAAACAACCUUGCAGUUGAAGGAAGCAGCUCCGACAUUUCAUAGUGGACCCCCAUUUCCCCUACACCCAGAGCUGAUGUUCAGCUGGUAUGUUCCCAUGUGAAUGUACUUGUUUGGAGUGGGUAUACAUUCAGAUUGAUUAGAGCCAUCCUAGUAGUUAAAUUCUGCCUGUGUCAUAUCAGGCUCUCUUCCAUGGCUCAGAAGUGAGAACUGCAGUAUUCGUAAGUGAUGUUGUUUGCCUUUCCCAGGUGAAGCCUGAGAUGGGCGCGUUGGCUUUAACUCAGUGCCUGUGAUGUUGCUCCAUUAUAACAGUGUGUACUUGACAUUUCUAUUGGGCUGCUCUACAAAAAAGGCUGGGUUGUUAAAGCCCCAGCCAGCUUCUUUAACAUGUUCUGUUACCAAAAUAGGCUUGUAUGGACAGUUGCUGCCCUGUCCUUUUUAUUAAAAAAUUUUCUGUUUAGCUUGUUUCAGAUCUCUUUAGAUAAACCCAGGUGGACUUUUUUUUCAUGCAAAUUGUGAAAACAGGCCUUCUGCCCAUUCUGUUAAAAGUUUGUUGUAUAUAAUGAAAACUUCUGAUGAUUGGAUAGGACUGGAAAAAAGCAUUUGAUUUGUGAGAAAUUGAGAAUUGUGUUGAGUUUGACACAUAGUGAAGCUUAUUGUCUUCAGUGAAGCCCUGAUUUUUCUUUAAUGUCUCCUCCAUCCCGUGAGUCUUCUUCUUUUUAAUAUCUUCCUUUGACUUUGAUCAUUUAAGAGCUACCUAUAUUAAUGAAACUGCUGAGUGUGUUUGUUGGCAACCCUUUCUCAGCAUUAAGUUGCACAGAAGCAUUAAUAUGUUUUGAGUAGGUUCAUUUAAUAUUAAAAAAAUGAUUUUAAGAUUUAAAAAAAACUUCAUAUAGUUGUCACUGGAUAUUGUUUUUGUGGUGACUUAACAGCUGAUGUUUGCCAAUGUCAGGUGUGCUGAUUCCUGUACAUAAGAGGUGCCUCUUUGGCUGCAUAUAGACUACCUUAUAGGUGCUUGGAUUA